AACUUGCUUACGUCAACGCAGCCGCCGCAGAGUCGGCGGCGGCAGUGACCGCCGUUGCCGUGCCCCCGGCGGGAUUCGCCUUCAUCUCCAGUGCCCGUUUGGACCCAGCGAUGCAGACAUCGGCAGUCUCGUCACUGGGCACCACCAGCCUUGCACUGACCUCUAGUCCCAGUACAAAGAAGCCCAAGCAUUAUCUCUACAGAGAGGUGGCCUUUCCUCAGGCGCAAAUAUCCAACGAGCCUACAUUUGAAGCUUCUGUCGAUGUUGGCCUUGAUCAUCCUUGCUACAACUUCACCAUAGGAAACGACAACAUUAAAGAAUUCUACUCGCCAAACUACCCAAAUUUUUAUAUAAACAACACCGAUUGCCAACGAGUUAUUAGAGCUCCAUUUGGUUACCUAAUCAAGAUUGAGUUUCGAGAUCAGUUUCACCUUGAGGAUGCCACUAAUUGUGAAUACGAUUUUCUCGAAGUUCGCGAUGGUGCCUUUGGAUACUCUACCUUAAUUGACAAACUUUGUGGGCCCGAUUUUCCGCGCGAUAUUAUAUCCAGUGAUCGAUUUCUUUUUCUUCGCUUUGUCUCCGAUGACAGUAUCCAAUACUCAGGCUUUAGAGCCGUUUAUUCGUUUAUUCAAAAUCAAAAUAAAAGACCAGAACCACCGGGUGAAUGUCGGUUCAAUAAGACUGGCGUAAGCGGAUUCAUCUUCCAGAGCGAUAUCCCUGCCGAGUAUAACAAUUACUCAAUACAAAACAAUGUGUCCUUGGAUUGCAUGUGGAACAUCACCGUGGCACCAGGAUACAAGAUGUACAUAAACUUUAAGAAAUACAAAUUAAGUAUUCCCAAUAACUGCGAAGCAAAUUACAUCGACAUUUACGAGGACAAACUAAAUGAUAAAGAUCGAAAACACCGCUUUUGUGGUACACAGGCGGAGCCAUUCAAGUCGGCUGGUACGAAUAUAAACAUACGGUACUUUGCGAGAAGAGAUGCAUUAAGUCUUCAAACGGGCCCUCAACCAACAACUCCAUUUGGAUUUGAGAUCAUCUUUACUGCCUUUAGAGAAGUUAAAAACAAAGAAAAAUGUUUGCCAAAUGAGUUUGACUGUGAAGACUCCACCUGCAUUGAUGGCAGCCUCAAGUGUGACGGUGUGGAGAAUUGUAAAUACCGAUACGAUGAAGAAAAGUCGCAAACAUGUGCAGAAAGUAUGAAUUUGUGA